AUGGACUGCACUGGACCCCUGGAGCUGCGGUGUAUCUGGUACCAACAUGAUGGCAGGAGAUUCUUUAUGCCUGGAGAUGUGAGGUGCAUCUACUAUGGAUCAAAUUUGUUGAAGCUCUAUUGGCUUGAGAUCUGGGAAAAGAAAUCUCCUUUUGUCUGUGCAGGCACCAUCCUGAUGAUGUCACUGUGUGAGGUGGUGCACGUCUAUGAGUUUCUGCCGUCUCGCAGGAAGACGCCACUCUGCCACUACUAUCAGCGUUUCUAUGACGCCGCCUGCACAUUCGGGGCUUACCACCCGCUGUUGUACGAGAAGAACCUGGUCAAGCGCAUGAACCAGGGCUCCGAUCGGGACAUCUACAACCAUGGGCGCGUCACGCUGCCUGGGUUCAGUGCCAUGAACUGCACAGCGGAAGCGGUGCAGGAGCACUGACUGAAACGUGCAUGACGAGUGAGGAUGGACGCAUGUCAACUUCAUAUUUGCUGCUUUUCUUUAAAGAGUGCCCUAUGUUGAUAUUAAAUGACGAUCACACAAAAAAACACUGGGGUGAAAUGACAAAAACUGGCACUAGCACUUAUAUGUAGGUAAGCUGUUCCAAACUAAGAAUUAUAUACAAUCAAACUUAAACCUCUGCACGUUCCUUACUGCUGAUUUACAAAAUUUGAGAAUUCUUUAUAGUACUAAGAAACAUCUAACGAUUUUAAAAAUUAACAGCAAAUUCUUUCACUCUAAACAGGAAUUUUGUCUAUAAAAUCAUUGGACCCUGUGUCUUAAAAACUAAAAUGAUAUACCUUGUAAUAAGUCCAUUUUUAUGGAGAACAUAAAACCUAACUCCAAAGAAGCAAAGGGACGUGGAUAACACAAAUCAUACUUGAUCCUCUAAGCUCAACCUGGUUUACUUUCUACUUUUUAAUAGGUUUUUGACUAACCUGGGUUAAAACAUUCUCAGAAAUGAACAGGAUAGUCUUCAUUCGACUCUGUCGCUUUCAGCUACAUGUUCAUUUCCUGUGCCUACCGGACCCUCUUUUAUCUGAAGUUGCUUAUUUUCUACCAAACAUAAACCUUAAUGGAAAAUAGAUCAAUUUAGGAUAAAACUGAAAUGUGACUUGUCUCCUAAACAAAAUGCUACACGUAAAUAUAAACUUCCAGGUUCUGUUCAUACCUAUAAAAUUAUAAUAGUUGCAUCUGACCUUUCAGAUUGCUUCUGUUUCAGUUGCUUUUGUUUAAAAUGAAAGGACUCAUUUUUGUUUUCCAGUUAAUUUGAGAAUAUCUGAAGUUAAAAAAGGCUAAGUUCUUCACUGCCAACAUCUGACUGGGCGCCAUCACUCGGCUCAGUUUACAGCUGUAAACUGAGCUGUAAACUCCAAUGUACAUUGGAGACUGGCAUACAGUCUCCAAUGUACAUGUAACUUUCAUGAGGUUUAUUAUUGUUUCAUUGCUCAUU